AAAAAUCAGUAGAGAAAGCAAAGAAACUUGUCAUUUCUCUGUGGCUAAAUCGACAUCCGUUCGAAGAAAUUAAAUAUAGUAUAACUAUCACAAAUAAUAAUAACAUAUUGAAUAGUCCAAAUAACGAAAUGAAAACGCAGCAUAAGUGAUUCAGAAGAAAGAUCUAUUGUUGGAAUAAGUGAGAAAUAUAAUGUAUUCAAAAACUUUAAGAUAAUCAGAGGCUUCGUGAGAGCAUUUUACGUUAAAAUUAUAAAUGUUUCAGCAAUAAAUUAUUAUAAAAGUUAUUACGUAAAAGGAACUACGGAGACGAUGCUGUAUCAUUUCGUAUAGUUCGUUCGCUUCCGUUCUGGAAAUUUCGGAAUUUCGAUUUACACUGAUUAAGGGGGUAUUCUGGUCUAGAAGCAUGAACUUCAGCAAAUCUACCGAAGUUCUCCUGGAUAAUUGUGAAAAUGUACACAUUGAGGAUUCAGGCACAAUAUUACCCAGCGAGAUCUCCGCGACCACAAAUCUGCUUGACAACAAUAACACAACCGCCAUUAAAACGCAAUGUCCAGACACAAGGCUCGACAUUGAACUUCCGCUUUCAGGUGAGAGAGCAAAUAAAACACUCGCUGAUAUAGCAAAUGAACCAUCGAUUUUCCGCCAUCCACCGCCGCCUUGGUAUCGCAACUGGACAACCGCUGGCAUCGUGCUUUGUGUGAUCUACAAUUUGACCAUAGUACUACUCCUAGUUAUGGGAUUCUUUAAGUUCCGCCAAAGCUGAAGCCGAAUAAAUUGUCUAAUUUAAAAUCUCAUUCCAUAAAUUUUUUCCAGUGUAAUGAAAACUUUAAUUUUUCAUCAUAUCCAUAUAGUAUUAUAAGGCCAUAUUAAACGAGUAAAUAUAUACACAUACAUAUAUACACUUA